AUGUCUGAUUGGUUUGGCAGCGUAGUGAAUUCGUUCAGUGGUUUGACACAGUCGGAAUCAAAGCAAGCAGAGAAACCCUCAAAUGACAAGGAUGGUUGCCAUAUUUACGCAGUGGUUGUCAUGCGGCACUAUGCACAGAAUGAGGCGUGCAGGCUUACCGCGGAGUACGAUUUCUCACCUCUCCCGAUGUAUAUGGCCAAAAUAUCGCGCGAAGUGACCGAUUUGGUCUCUAGGACCACAGCUCAAGAGGCGUUUCCCGAUCAAUCGAAGUGUGUUGACAUGGAGAACAACAUGGGCAUGUUUUAUGUUAAAGCAACAAGCGACCCUCCGCCAAACCAACUAGUUUUUGUGGUUGCAGUUAACAAGUUUUGCACCAGAUAUCAAGCUUUACAGUUUCUUCAGGAGGCUAUGCAUGUUUACAAGAUUAAUGGCGAUGUGUAUCGUGACAAUAUGGGCGAUUCACUGAAAUGCCCAGCUCUACGCUCGUUGAUGUCUCAAUAUAAGGGCAAGCGUGAUGUCCUGGUUGAUGCUCAAUCCAAACUGGACGAGACUAAACAGAUUGUGAUGGACACUCUGGACAAGCUAAUCCAUAGGCAAGGCAACCUGGAUGAACUCAUCGCGAAAAGCCAGGACAUGACCCAAUCUACGGCGAGACUUAUGAGGGACGCAAGACGCCGCAACAGCUGUUGCGCGGCCAUGUGA